AUGCAACCACCACCAUCCGUGAUAUAUGAAAAUGCUUAUGACCUAUUUCAAAGUGCCCAAAUGUUUGCCAAUUUUCAUGAAUUUAUAGUAGCUCAGAAAUGCAUCAAAGACAAACAAUAUAUAGAAGUUCGUAAUAGAACCCAUAACUAUGAUCUCUCAGAAGAUUUAUUAGGACAUCCAAUAUGCCAUCAACUCACAGAACAGCAAUUAAUAAACAUUUUUGAAAUGACUGCCUCUGGUUCAUGCCCUUGGGAAAUUAUAUCAACCAUUUGUCAAAAUAACCUAUUGUCAUUAGUAAUAAAUAAAAACAUUUAUAAUGCAUAUGAUCAUUUUUGUAAACAAAGUUUGAAAGAUUGUACUCCAGUUGAAGCAUUAAUAAAUAAGCUUAGAGAGAAAUGGCCAGAACACCAACAAGCAGCCACACAGGAAACAUUGAAAAAUAUGAUUGAUGCUUUCUUAAUAGGUUUACAAAAUCCUCAAGUAUCUCAUACAAAAGAAAGGCCUCCUG